AUGGCACGCCGGAAAUCUAAACAGAGAAAGCCAGUUAAUGUAUUGCCAAUUAUAUUCCCAGGUGAUGGCAGAACAGGUGAUGCUACCAAAUUUAAUAUCUUCAAGCAGAACUACUAUAACCUGAGAUAUUCUACACCUAAGUUCCUGGGUAGAAGCAUCGGCCAGGUCGAUGAUGGUGUAAGUGUCGAUAAUUACAGCUAUAGCUGUACCCUAGCUAAUGCUACGACUGGUAGCUCGGACCUAUCAAAGGGCAUCCAGGCUUGUCAUAAAAGCGAGGAUUGCUAUAGAUACGAAAUUUGGUUCAGCGACCACCGCAACGGAGAAUCCAGAAUCAACAAUUCCAACACGGAUAACACUAAUACAUGGCAUAUCCAUCAGCAGAUUCAAAGUGAUAGCAAGUAUCUGAGUGAUGACACCCGGUUCUGGGUUGAUGUCCAGGCUAUUUAG